GUGGAAAGGGCCAGAAUGGCUGAUAAAAAAUGAAAAUGAAUGGCCCAAGUUAAAUCCGACAGUAGUGGCAGCAACGACAAAAAUUGCGGCAGUAGAAAAAAGCGUCUAUGACCAACUUAUGAAGUUGUCAUCAUUUAAAAAGCAGUUACGAGUCAUGGCUUAUAUUCUACGAUUUAUUAAAAAACUGAGAGGAAAUAAGGUAAAAGGUGAGCACUUAACUGCGGAAGAAAUAGAAGAGGCCGAAAUUGCUUUAAUCAAAAUGCACCAAGAAAUUGAAUGGCCGGCGGAAAUUAGUCAGCUAAAAACUUCAGGAGCAAUAAAUCAUCGAAGCAAUAUAGCAUCAUUGCAUCCGCAGCUCGACGAAUAUGGGGUUAUGCGAGUAGGAGGAAGACUGGGUUGGUCAGAGCUAACCUAUAACGAAAAGCAUCCAAUACUGAUUCAAAAAUCACGAUUAGCUGCGAAUAUUAUAAGGAGAGCUCAUAUGGAAACAUUGCAUGGAGGAAAUCGGCUGAUGGAAAAUGUUUUAAGGCGCAAAUAUUGGAUAAUCGGAGCCAAAAAUAGAAUAAAACUCUGCGUCAGGUGCUGUCCACGAUGUACGCGCUAUAGGGGAGAAGUACGAAAUCAGUUAAUGGGAAAUCUACCAAUGAGUAGAGUGAAUAUAAGUCAACCCUUUCAACAUUGCGGAAUAGACUACGCGGGUCCGUUUCAAAUACGAUGUUCGAAAACGAGAGGAACCAAGUCUAUGAAGGGUUACGUAGCAGUAUUUGUGUGCAUGGUGACGAAAGCGGUGCAUUUAGAGGCAGUUAGCGAGCUUACGGCAGAAGCAUUUUUAGCAGCGCUGAGAAGAUUCUUCGCAAGGAGAGGAAAAUCAAGCGAUUUAUAUUCCGACAACGGAACGAACUUUGUCGGGGCAUCAAGGCAGCUAGAUAAAGAUUAUAUAGAGGCGAUAAAAAGCAACAAUACGUUAGCGCCAAUUCUGGAGAAUGAACAAAUAAAAUGGCAUUUUAUCCCCCCGGCAGCUCCUCACUUCGGAGGAAUUUGGGAAGCUGCAGUUAAGUCAAUGAAAUACCAUCUUAAAAGAAUCAUUGGCGAGAUAAAAUUAACGUAUGAAGAGAUAAGCACGGUUCUAGCUCAAAUUGAAGCAGUUUUAAACUCAAGGCCGUUGCAUGAUCUUGGAAGCGGCACAGACUAUAUCGACACCUUAACGCCAGGGCAUUUCAUAGUUGGACGCCCGUUAUUAGAAGCUCCGGCGAAGAUCGAUGAAGGAAGUUUAGCAUGUGUGAGCAGGUGGAAACUGCUGCUACGAAUAAAAACCCACUUUUGGAGAAAGUGGAAAGAAGAAUAUUUGACUACUUUGCAAAAUCGCCCAAAAUGGAGAAAAGAAGAUCGCAAUCUGGAAGUGGGACAGAUCGUGCUGAUCAGAAAUGAAGAGACUCACCCAGCUCGUUGGCCAUUGGCGAGAGUGACUGAGGUACAACCGGGCAAAGAUGGAAUAGUGAGAGUAGUAACGUUGAAAACACAAAAUGGAGAAAUAAAAAGACCAGUACAUAAAUUAUGCCCAUUAGAGCAUGAAGAUGAGAGACCUGAAGAGGAAAAGGUAGAAGAUACGCAGAAAAAGGAGGUCGAAGUGAACUCAACAAAGAAGUUACCAAGAUUAACAGCAAAUUCCUUUGUGAUAUGGACUAUGAUGAUAAAUCUUUGUCUGAUUAUGACGACUAAGGCCUCAUCAGUAAAAGAAUUAAAUAGUUCGACGGCAAUAUAUCUUGAUCCAAUCUCUCAAAUCCACAUGGCCUCGUCUUCAUGGAACAUGAUUGUAUAUUUUGAAAUGAAAACGUACUUAGAAACACUGGAUCUUGCAUCCACAUUGCUCAACGCCUCUAAAGAAAUAUGUCCAAGGCUCCAAACAUUUGAAGACCAGUGCUGGUCGGUAAUAAACAAUAUGGAAUAUAAAGUAAACAAAAUCAAGGCGAAUAAUCGGCUUUUCAUGAGGGAUGAUAAACGGCAAAGAAGAGGAGCCCCUUUGAAGUUCAUAGGGUCUUUUCAACAUUGGGCAUUUGGUGUGAUGGACGACGAUGAUCGUGUGGCGAUGGAAAAUAAUAUGAGAAAUCUGUUAGCCAACCAGUACGACUUAAAAGAAUUGUCAAAAAAGCAGACAUCGAUAGUUGAUUCCACGGUCAAUCUGCUAAAAAGAACAACGGAGGAAGUCAAUUCGCACUUUGUGGAGAUAAAGUGCAAAAUUGAUAACAUAACCGCCACCAUGAACGAAAAUUACUUCGUUUAUAGAGAAUCUAUUCGUUUCUUUAUUAUAACUAAAGAAAUCCAUGAAUACAUAGACGAAUGUGACGAGGUGCUAAAGGAAGUCAUUAACCUGUUACUGGACAUUAAUAAUGGUCAUAUACACCCUGUGCUCAUAAGUCCGGAGAAAUUGCAGUCGGAAAUAUUUAAAAAUCGAAAUGAGCUGCCCACGAAAUAUGUUUUACCCGGAAAAUCUUCUGGUACAGAACUUAAGGAGGUUUUACAUUUGAUGAGGGGACGUGGAAUGUAUAUCGGCACACAAUUGGUGAUCGACUUGAAGAUACCUCUUUUCAACAGACAGUCAUCGCAGUUCUAUAGAGUAAUCCCGAUUCCAUUUGAACAUGACGGUGCGGUAUUGAUAGCAAGGAUAAGGUCGCCAUACAUCGUGUACAAUUUUGAAUUGGAUUCGUUCCACUAUCUGACACAAGUCAUGUUGAACGAAUGUAAAAACACAUUGGGAGAUGAGAUUGUAUGCGAAGAAAAUUUUCCCUGGCGAGAUGCGUCGACCAACAAUUGCGAACUGUCACCCCUGAGGCCGCGCAUCGAGAUAAACUGCACGUACGAUGAAGUUGAAAACAGUCCCUAUUGGAUACAGCUGAGGCAAAAGGGAAAUUGGCUUUUUAAGACGUUUAAGAAUGCAACGGCCCAUAUUAAGUGUUCCGAAAAGCAGCAAUCCAUCAUAGAACUUCCACAACAAGGACGUCAGUGAAGCCGACAAAGAAGCCAUAAAACCCCUUGGAAACGUAUUGGUGAAACAUCACAAUGAGAUCAGCCAGCUAAAGACGCUCGUGGACGAUUUGAAGAAGCAGAAACUAAAUUUAAGAGGUUUAGAAUUUCAUAAUUGGUCUGGUCACAUGUCAUUUAUUUUAGUUACCAUAGUAGUUAUAAUAUUGCUAACUCAGUUUAUAAGGAAAAUUAUAAUAAGGAGACGGAUAGCAGCAAUUCAGUUCCAAGGAAGGCCGAAUGUUUAAAUAAAGUAUCUGCCGGCCGGGAGAAUGUUCAUAAAAAUAUGAACAUGAAUCUUUCUUUUAUCUUGUCUAGCUUAGAAGAAGUAAUAAAAUAAUUAAGUGUCUUAGAUAAUAAAUUGUAAUGUAGAUCUGUCAUAAAUGUUAUUGCUUAUUUGCUAUAAAUUUUAUGUACUUAAGAUAGAAUUUUCAAUGUUAUCAAUUUCCAAGAAGUCAUUAAAUCCAUAUGUGAGUUUCCCAGCCAUUAAAUCCAUAUGUGAGUUUCCCAGCCAUUAAAUCCAUAUGUGUAACCUUCAUUGAUCAUGUACACUGGUGCAUACGAUAAGUUUUAUGAUAAUAAAGGUUGUGACCCACGCACGCACUUAUCUAUGCACACAGUAGGUAGAGAAGAUCACUGGAUUAAGAAAGAAGAGAUAAGAAUUAUUAUUAGGUUGCAUUAGGCUAAGUUCGAAUAACAUAUGUAGCUCUUAAGGACAAUAUUUUUUAAAUAAAAUUAGUACUCAACCAACAUCCAA